AUGUCAUACUACUUCACCAUUCUCUCCCCAACAGAUACGCCGAUAUUCAACAUCGCGUUCGGCACGUCGAAAGGAGGCGGCGAUGGCAUUGCGCGCUUCCGCUUUCCCGACACCGCGCAGUAUAUGAAUCAGUUCAUCAUCCACUCAAGUCUGGACAUCGUCGAAGAAGCCCAGUGGACGAAUGGCGGAAUGUACCUCAAGCAUAUCGAUACCUAUCCACCUGCCGCAGCUUAUAUAUCCGCCUUUCUCACUCCAAGCGGUGCCCGUUUUCUGCUCCUUCACCAACCUCCCCAGCACCCUUCAUCCAACAGCAAUACUGGUCUCGGAUCAUCGUCGCUACUUGGCUCAGGCGGGUCCUCCGGGCGUGGUUCAUCAAGCGCCAUUGCGUCAAAUCCCACUUCUCCGCAAACCGAAGAGGCUGUGCGUCAGUUUAUGAAUGAAAUAUAUGAGAGCUAUGUCAAAACAGCGAUGAGCCCAUUCUACAAGCAAGGAAUGGAGAUCCGAAGCCCCGUUUUCCGGGCGCGGGUGACUGCUGCAGGGAAGAAGUGGCUCUAG